AUGUUGGCGUUUAACAUAGUUCUCACCAUAACAGGUGCCUGCAUUCUCAUGCACCAUGGAUUUACUCUUAUAUUCUACUUCUUCGUUGCACUGGUUGCUUUCUUUGCUGGUUUCUUUUUAGUUAAAGAGCCGCCAGCAGUUGUUUUUCGGAAGAGAGGGCUUUUGUUUUCCAAGGGGAUUCCAAAAGUUACGGCGAUAAUGGACGCGGAAGGCGUUGCAAAGCCGAAUACCCGUCUGUCCCCAAAUCAAGAGCUUGACGAUGUACUUAAUCAGAUCGUGAGUUUCAUAAUCAGAGACUACAUAACUCCAUGGUACAAUUCACUUACUCCUGAUAACGCAUUCCCAAUGGAGCUUCAUAAGCUUCUUCUGCGCGUUUUUGCAUCUGUUGUUAAAAGAGUGUCGGAGGUUGAUUGGGUACCGUUUCUCACUGAAACUUUGCCUUCCUUUUUGGCAACUCACGUUCGACUUUAUAGGACUAUGUUGGAGCGCAGAAUAACCUAUCCAGAUAAAGACGCCGUAAAGCUGUUUUUCGAUAUAGAAGCGGAAAUGGAGAAAAACGUGUGUCGUGAGGAAGUCUGUAGUUCUCAGGACAGGGAAAAAGAUCAUCUUCGUUUACUCAGUGAUAUGUUCUUAUUCUUUAUUACGCCUGUUGAGGAGUACAGUGUUCCUGCUAUACGGUAUAUGGCUAGGGAAUUAUUGGUCAACUCAGUUCUUAUGCCAACAAUCAAUUUACUGUCUGAUCCUGACUUCGUGAACAGAACAAUAUCAUGGUUUGCCUCUGAGAAUGCAUAUACAAGUGAAUAUUAUUGUCAUUCAUUGCGUAUGUCAGAAAGUGUUGAAGAAAUUGAUGUUGUUAUCCGUCAGUUGAAUAGUUUUAUGGAUAAACUACGAGGUCAUGAUACUGGUGGCGAUGAUGAUGCUCUGAUUAAAGCUCAACUUGGUAGUCUUGAUUAUGUCAGAAAGAUAUGUUCAAUUCGUCGACGACAAAUUCAAGAAGGUAUAGCUGAGAAACCUGAACGCGUGCUAGUAUAUAAUUUACAACCUGGUGCACGACUUUAUGAUAUGUCAUUUCAAGAAUUAAUGUCUAGAAGUGUUGCAGUUGUCAGCUUUUUAGACUUUUUAACUUCUAUCCGUAAGCAUACAUUACUUCGAUUGUAUUUGAAUUGUGUGAGUUUUCGUGAAGGUGCCAGUAAGCUAUCGCCAGCAUCAUUAAUAACAACAACAACAACCACAACAGCGGAAGCAACAUCAUCACCAGUUGAUCGAAAUAUUCAUCCAUCAGUGUUAGCACUUGCUGAUGCUUCAAGACUACAAGUUCUACCCUCUGAUGUAGAAUCUAGUAUGAGAAGUUUAAAUUCUACUAAUCCUUCUUUAAACAAUACAAAUACAGAAUUAGAACAAAUGAUGUAUGAUACUCCUAGAACUAGUACUACUACUACCUGUGAUGAGGAUGACGACGAUGCCGAUGGUGGUGAUGGUAUCGAUAAUGACAACAGUGAUGGCGAUAAUAAUAAUAAUAAUGUCAAAUCUAAUCCUUUAACUGUAUCAUCUGAAAGUGGAAAAGAAAGCCUUGUUGAAUCAUCAUCAGAAGGGUCUAACAAAACAGAAGACGCAAAGAAAGCUGUAAUUGUGGAAAAUGUUGAAGAGGUAAGAGAAGAAGAAGGAGAAGAGGAACAGCAGCAACAACAAUUGAUGGAUAGUAAGAAAGAUGACGGAGAAAUGGAUACAGCAAUUGAAGCAGUUGACGAUGAAACUAUUGAUGAUUCUAUUGAACAAUUACGUGCAUUCGGUAUUACUAUAUGCAGUAAUUUAUUGCGUUUUAUGCCGUUGUCAGCUGAAUCUUUAAUUCAACGUACACUUCGUACACUUACUGGACAACCGGGAUGUUUAAAUCCUAAUUCAUUUGUUGAGGUAGAAGCAUAUAUUGUCAAUAUUCUGUCUGGUCCUGAUUGUUUUGGGGCAUUUAAACAAAGUAACCAUUAUGUUCAUCUGUUGGCGGAAUUAGAUCUGCUUAAAGAACCACCAGAACAGUCGUCAUUAUUAUCAUCAUCAUCGUUAUCGACUACUUCAAGUGAAAUAAUAUCUCAAUCACAAUCUAAUCUAGCGUCUCUGUCUGAAAAAGUUCCAACUUCAAAAAAUCCCAAUUUACCUCAUGUUUCUUCUUUAUCUCAAAUGUCAGCAUCAACGAAUUCAGUUGAUGAUUAUACAAAUUGGCAAAGUCUAGAGAUGGAUCCUUCUAAAGAUGUUAAACGACAAAUGUUGUUACCCUCAUUGUCCGAGUCUUCUUCUUCUUCCCCUAUGAACCCCAGAAAUGCUAAUCUCAAUUCUACUGAUGAUUUUUAUUUAGCUGAAAUUACUCGAACAGAAAUAAUGCAUGAUUCCUAUGUGAUUUAUACUGUCAAAGUUAAUCGGAUUUCGCAAUCCACUGGACUAUCUGAAUCAUGGAAUACUUUACGCCGUUUUAGGCACUUUGUUGAAUUACACUCCUUUAUUACGAACAGAUGUGGUCGAAUUAAUGAACUAAAAUUACCUUCAAAAAUGGCAUUUAACAAUAUGAGUCCCGAGUUUUUAGCACAACGUCGUCGUGGACUUAAUAUCUAUUUGAAGACUUUGUGUAGCAGUGAAUUUUGGGCUAAUCAUCCGGCUAGUCGGCCAUUGUGUAUUCAAUUUUUACAACCUGAUAGUUGGGAAAGAGGUCGUGUUCAAGCUCGUAUAGUUUCUGCAAUUUUAACACCGUUUCGAACAGUUAGCAAUGCUGUUAUGUCUGUUCCAGAUACACUAGCAGAUGGUUUAAAUAAAAUAUUUGCAGGAAAACCUUUUCAACCCAAUAUACCUUCUGGUAAUGAUGAUCUAAUUAAAAAAUCUGGUGAUUUUGAGCUAAACGAAACAAUCGAGAUGGCAUUGGACUCACCAUCUGUUAAGAGUACAGAAUCAUAUGAUAUGACCAGUGGAGAUGAAACACCAAUUCGAAUAUUAUUUCUUUUAGUUGAUGAAAUAUUUGAUUUACACAGAGAAGGUCAAUUUACUAGACAAGGGAAUUUUGCUAUCUUACGUAAAAUAUUUCAAACAUUUUUUGGUAUACGAGUCAAUAAAAUGAUUAUUGCUAAAGCAUGUGAAUGGACAAGUGCACCUAAAAUUACACAAUUAGUCACUUAUUUACGUGAUUAUUUUUGGCCACCAACAAAACAUUCAACGCCUACAGUUGUUUUAAGUGAACGUGAUAAAGAGAUGAAGUUAAGAACUCGUGUUCUUUGUCGUACUGUACUCUUAGGAAGUGUAUCUGAGGAACUUGCCCAAUUUCUUGGUAAUGAAACAACUCGUCGUGGUGUAUCUCGUGUAUUCAAUAUGCUACAAGAAGAACGUUUUAAUCGUAGAUUUGUGCAUACGCUAUUAGAAGCAUUUCUAUGUCAGCUGUUUCGUCCUUAUCAAGCUCAUUGGGAAGCUAUCUAUGAAAAGGAUUUAUGCCCAUUAAAAUCUGGUCGACCGUGUCGUUCACACAAAGCGUGUGUUUAG